AUGAAUGAAGUGGUAAAAAGUUACACACAAACAGAGCUCAUGGAGCUGGCAAAGGUGUAUAAGCAUGAAGUUGGUGAAAAUGUGGAAGAAUGGUUAUUGCGCAUGUGGGAUGGAGGAGCUGACAGUGUGCAGUUGAAUGCAAGGGAAGCAUUAUGUAUGGGGCAGCUGACGCUGCAUCCACAGCUCAUGCAGGUAUUACGGAGG